AUGUCCAACGUCGGGUCCCCGAGCCCGCUACGAUCUCCGCUGGGUAGGAGAGACAGCAGAGACAUGACAUCGUCGCACCGCCAGUCAUUCAGCGAGCGAGGCAUUCCCAACUCCCCACGCCAGCGCAAUCCCUCGCUAUCGCAGCAGGCCAUUCAGGAUCUGAUUAACAACCCUCCUGUUGGCCGUAAGGACGAUGCUCUGCCCAAGUUUGCUGGCCGCGACUGGCGUAGCAUCACUCUGGGAGAGAUCUUGGUGCCUGACGAAGUGCGCUUCGUCGAGGUCGACAGCACCAUUGAGGCCGCCACAAAGCUUCUGAUCGAGUCUGGAUCGCCCAAUGUCAUACUCAUCCGUGAAUCAUCCUCGUCCCGCCAAGCCAUUGGUCAGUUCGACUACGACGACCUCAACGCCUACCUCCUCCUCGUAACUGGCCUCGCUCGUCCUCAAGACUCGGACCUCGAACAAGUUGAUAAGAUCGUCUCCCGCGCACGUACAAACCAGCCUGUCGAGCUUGGCCACGUCAAGGAUCUACUCGGCCGUAAAGAGUCGCUUGCUUUCUGUGAUGCCUCGGCCACAUUAGCUCGUGCUGUCGAGAUUUUUGGUGGUGGCUGCCAUCGCAUCAUUGUUCGCGCACCUGAUUCGGAAGACGUCGUGGGAAUAUUGAGUCAAUUGAGGCUGGUGCGAUUCUUGUGGGAGAACCGAGCCAGCUUCCAACCUGUCGAGCAGCUGCACAACCGUUCGCUCAAGGAGCUCGACCUGGGCAGUCACUCUGUCAUCUCUAUCAACGGCGAUCGUCCUCUCAAGGAUGCUCUGCUUCUUAUGCACAGCGAAGGCAUCACCUCGCUGCCUGUGCUUGACAACCACAAGAACGUCAUUGGUAACAUCUCUCACGUCGACGUCAAGCUUCUUACCAACACCUCGGCCCUCCCUCUUCUCGACUCCUCCUGCAUUCACUUCAUCACCGUCAUUCUCUCUGAACGUGGUAUGAACGACGGCCAGGACUCUUACCCUGUCUUCCACGUAAACCCCACUAGCACCUUUGCGCAUACCGUCGCAAAGCUCGUCGCAACUCGUUCUCAUCGCAUGUGGAUGGUCGACGCCCCCUCCCCCUCCACAUCCAUCCCUGCCUCUCCACACCUUGGUCCCUCAGUCACGGCACCCCCUCCCGUGCUCUCUCAGCUCUCGUCGACUACUGCCGGUCCACCAUACACGCCAGCCCAGCCCAGUGUGUCCGUACCAGCAUCAACGCUACCAGGAGCCACACUUGGUGGUCACUUGAACGGCGUUGUCAGCUUGACGGACGUGCUCAACCUCUUUGCUCGUGUGUCCGGACUCAACCCGUUAGAUCCCGACGAGACAAGACGUCGACGUCGCAGGAGCAGCAGUCACUCAUCCAUGCGAGCCAGCGUUGAUAGCUUCAGAAGCAGCCUCGAUAUGGGUCAGCAUUCAACGCGUAACAGCAGUCAACGCAGAUAA